GCUGAGUCAUACGAUUUAUGUUAUUAGAUGCUAAAUUUGUUGAAGUUUCAUACUCAAUAUAUAAAUUUCUCGUAUGUGUCAAGAAUAAUUAACUAAGACCCAAAAUAUGGGACGGUAUGCUUAAAAUUUAACAAAGGAACUUGAAAUCUUAACAGCCUUUAACAUUUUAAUUGUAUUAAAUCAGUCAUAUUUAGAAAUUUUAGAUGUCGCUGCAAAGUGGCCCGUGGGAUGCCAUAUUUCUUAGCCGUAGUUUUUAUAGCCUAUUUCUGUUCAGCGGCCUCCUGUAUCGCUUUUUUCAUCGUACUUCAACUCCAGAAACCUGGCUCUGUUUUUCUUUUAUAUUCAUUCACCAUCCUAUAGAAGGAAAUGAUAGAGUAGGUAAAUAAAACAAUGAUAAUUUUAAGAAAAUAAUAAAUUAACGUCAUUUCAAUGCAUUACGAGCAUGAUCACUUGGGCAUAGCGGGCAUGCUCGCUUUGCCUUCAUGUCAUGCACACGUUUUCGUCAGUCUAACCUUACUUUUAUUUUCAUGUUUGCUUGCAAAUAUGAUCAAAUAAAUUAAAAUGAACCCAAUACACAAGACAUAUCUUGAUAAUUAGAUAGAUUCAGAGUAACACAGCCAACGAGGCCAGGAGGGGCGGAAUAUACAUUCGCAAAAAAACAAAUUGUGAUGACUACAGUCAUACAUCAUAAAUGACACAAAACAGCUUCAAAUCCUGCAAUUCAGAGGUUUUGAUUGACGGAUCCAGAAUAUGUACUGACAAGUUUUUUUAUUUUGUCAAACAAGUCCGACGAUUGAAUUUUAACAAAAUAAUAUGAACUUUGUGUUUAAAAGUGGUUAAAUAUAAAUAUAUUUUAAUAUUUCUACUUAUGUGUGAAAUUUAACACCAUCCAGCAAAUUACAGAACAUUUUGGCACUUUUGAUCCCUAACAUACAUUCGCGCAACUUGGCGCAGUCUUGUGAAAUAUCCUAGCGCAACUUAAGUUUUGUUACGUGAAUUGGCCCAACAGCGGGGGAAAAACGGCAGAGGGGAAAGCCUAGUCCCCUCUUGGCCGCGUCGGCCGUGUUUCUCUUUGGAUAAAUUACUUAAAAAAAAAAUGGUUGCCUGUAAAGUCGGUUUUACGGGCGAAGAUUUUACGUGACAACGUCUUUUUCUCGGUAGAAUAUUUAUUGAUAUGAAUAUAAUUAAAUUGCACAAUAGGAACAAGGAAUUGAAUGAAAAUAAGAAUUGCACAAAUUUUAACUAUAGAAAUAUAUUUUGUUUACUAAAACAUUGUACAUGUAAACUUAAACUUAACACGAGAGACUCAUCGUAACGUUACCGAGCGUUACACUUUUUCAUAAGUGACUCCCAGCCGCAACCUAAUUUAAGACGUUGUCACAUCAAUUAGACAAAACACUAUCUUACUUACCUUCCAUUUUUCGUCAAAAUUGUAUUUUUUUUCAAACGAGCCCUAGAGUUCGUCGGAGGUAUAACGCACUACUACUGCGGAUAGUAGCGAGGCGGGGGGUGGUGUUUACGUUGAUUCUGUAUUGGGUGCUCGCUUUAGGUUGGUGCCCGCUUUGGGCCCCCUUCCCCUAAGUAUCGCAAGUCGCAAAAUAUUAAUGCUUCAUCAUCCCAUUUAUUACUUGCAAAAUUACAAACUAUUAACUUGUCGUGUCGUGAUGAAGGUCGCGCUCGCGUAUUAACAGCAGUAAAGUUAACCGAUAGCAAUUCACAAGUUGUCGUACAAGAGCUUAAAUGUUUGGCCAUGCGGCUGGCUGGUACCGACGUCUCUAUUACAUCGAUACUGUAUAUACAGCACGUUGCCGCAUUCAGUAGACACAAUGAGCCCACCAACGCAAACGGACCCAACAUAGAUAGCUUUUUAUUUUCAUACAUUUUAUCCUUUUAAAGUGCUUAGAUAGAUUCAAAAUGUCUUCAAUGAAAGUAAGUAGUAAGAAAUGGAUAAGCGAAGAGACCCCAGAUGAGGAAAACGUGUUCAGCCAUUGUAGAGAGAUGGAAAUUGUUUGCUAUGCCACCACAAAAGUGAUAUUAGAUCUGGAUAACAAAUGGAAGGGAUCGUCGGCGAAAACCGUCGGCCACUCCUUGUCUAAUCGCAGUUAUAUUAUGGAGCUGGUCAACAUACAGGUACUAGAUCAGAUGAUUGAGUAUUUAUCAAAGCUAGUUAGGUCCUUCUAUAAGCUAAACCCAAAACUGGCAAGAUUGAAAAAAGAAGAUGGGCUACUUAUCAGCAAACACGAUCACAUUUUCGAUAAACUGUGUGGGAUCCGUUUUGUGAUGCUACAAGCAAUCAGUGAACUCAUUCACACUAUACUUAGCAAUUGUCUGCACAGAGAAGACUCGAGAAAGAUGAUUGAAUCUUGUUUGAGUUUAGUAUCGAUACACAAUCAGCUGAUCGGGUUGAGCUAUAAAAAGUUCGCGUCUAAGUUCAACGUGUGCAGCAAUACUUACCCCAAUACAAUAAGCGAGACGAAGAAUAUUACACUUACGAAAAUUGUGCAGAUACUGGCCAAGAGUCGUGUUGAGAUCAACUGUCACCGACUGAUUAAUUGCUUGGUAAAAGUAUACAAGCCCGAAGACACUGAUAACGAAUCUAGUUCUAGCACUGCAGAAAGUUUGGAAAUAUAUCACACUCUAACAAAGCAUAUUACACCGCCUACAUCAACGGCAUCCCGGAAUGCGUCCAUGGAGAAGAGACGUGAGGCGUUCAUAGAAAACAAAAAGGCGAAAAUGAAGCAAGCCCGCAGUCUCAUAGAACUGAAGAACCAACACAAUAAGAAGCUUAACGAGAUUCUCAGCGGACAGAAUUCCGACUGCGAGGUCAAUUACGCCUCGCUGCUCACCAACGAAUGCGUUCUGGACAUAUUCAGCAACGAAGAAAAUGUCAACGGAAUACUGCAGAGUGAGGAGUUGUACAUAGAAAUACUAUUGGAUACAGUAGCUAAUAUGUCUGCAAAUUUACUGGGAACUCACGGCACAAGAAAACUAAAAUCAGGUCGUAUGCAAGCCAGUAAGAAGGCGGCUCACAAAGUUACCGAGUAUUAUCAGAACAUACUGUGGGGCGACGUUGGUAGUUGUCUCGAGCACAUAAUACUAUGGUGGUCUGCAUUCCCGUUGGCUGUCAGAUCUCCAAACACGAGUCAGAAUCUACGUGAAUGGCUGUUUGGUACUUUCAACGUAAAUAAUACUCCAGAGUUGAUAUUGUCAGCGUUGAGAAUAUUGGCAGACGCCUUGGGCUGUCAUGUUACCACUACAUCUUGGGAUAAACAUUUUGGGGCAACGCUAACAACAAACUUGAAGACUACAUCUCUGAAAAACCAUCCUGGUCUAUCCCUUUUUGUUACAGAGUGUACUUCUUCAGGAGCUAACUUCGCUAUAAUGCUGCAAAACCUGGUUCGCCUCAACAACCAGUGUGAAGUUACUUGGGAGUACAUCCUGGGGGCGCCGUUAGAAGACUUGCCUAUUGUUGAACAGAUCCCUAUUCUACAUAGAUUAGACCACUCUAUCCACACUUACCGCCUCUGGUGUGUUGGCGAGACCCGUCGCUUGGCGAACACUUGGGAUAUGGGCGGGUUCUUCCGCGUCGCCCACGACGAUAUGCGUGCGUGUGCUGAACAACUGCAGGAUCUGCGGUUUGCCGACCACACGCCAACUAUAGAGGCCGGUAAAAUCGGUGUACACGAAAAUGUUUGCGCGAAAAUGAGAGAAAAGUUGGUGUCCGAAGUGAAAGUUAAUAUACAAAAACUUAAGGACGCCACAGAUGAAAUAGUAUCGGUGCUAUCGUCAGUGUGUGCAACCACGAGUCUGGCACACUUGACGAUGAUAUUCCCGCCGGCGGCCGCGUGGCGCCGCCUAGUGUGCGUCGACCCUAACUUCUCUCUCUACGUACACCAAUUCCUAGACAAAGUGUUAUUACCAGUUGCUAAAGCGACGCAAGAUAUAACUACUCUGAACAUGGUGCUACGAAUAAUGUGUGAGUCUUGGCUGCAUCACAUUUAUGUGGUCAAAGUUAGGUUUAGUAAAGAAGCGGCGUCGCAAUUGCUCGCCGAUUUCAACGAAGUAAGAAAUUGGUUAACCGCCUGCAAGAACUUGUCGACCACGGCCAAGAAGCAAAUGCUGCAAAAUGAAGUGCUAAGGCGAUGCGAAGGCGUCGGUCGUCUCCUUUUGCACGCUCCUGGAGAUUUGAUAUCGAUGCACGACUCAACCAUGCAGUCUGCGCAACAACUUAGGAAGGAUGCCCCGGAGAGUGAAUCCGCUGAACAACUGAUGCCUGCGGAAAUGUACGUUCCCAACCAGAAGCAGUGGCUACAACUACGCGCGCGCACAAUACGCGGCCCACUCGCCUUUUCACUCUGUUGCAUGGUGCUAUGUUGAGAUAGCACUAUAGAUAUCGAAUAAACUAUAUUUUGUAUAAAAGGAAGUUGUUUCAUUGCCGCUUUAAGUAUUACCACCUUAGAAGCAGUGGCUAAAACUACGCAGGCAUACAAUUUUAGGCCCGCCCGCCUUCUCGCUCCGAGGCCCAACACAAACUGAUAGCUCCGUAAUCGUAUCGCAUCGUCCAAGUUUCUAUGAAAACUUAGCAGCGCCCCUAACGGACGUAAGAACAAACUGGCUCUUUCCAUAUAAAUUCCACGUUGACGAUAUGAUUGCGGAGAUGUCAAAGUAUAUAAGAUAUUCAAACUUUAUGGUGACUGUAAAGUUAGUAGGGAACGCAACAUAGCUAGGUUGAAACCGUAAUUCCAUUUCGUACGUCCCGACUCACGCGAACUUCACAACCGCCAUUGAGUCCGCAUAUAGCUGAAUCGCAUCACAAGGGUUGUCUAUCCUAACGUUAUCCCCUAAUUCCAUGAAGAUCUGUCGGCUGUAGUUUACUGUAAAGGUACAAGUCCAAACUGAACCGCAGACAGCAAGCCGCAGCUGCAGACUGCAGGCGACACUACUAGUUUCUAUUAAUCUCUAUGAAAUUGAUUCCGAGCGCGGCGACAUUGCGGCCUGCAGCCGCGGCGCGCAGACUGCGGCGUGCAGCGACCGCAGUCUGCAGUCCCAGUGCUGUCGCGGACCGCAGAAAUGUCACAUGUAAUUAAAAAAUUACGUCUUUUACGGAUGAUGAUAAAAAGACGUUAAUUAACUUUGUUUCUUGUCAUACAGUCCUUUACGACACAUCCGAUCUAAAUUAACGCAAUAAUUUGAUCAAAGAUAAUGUGUGGAGAGCAAUAGGAAAGAACUUAAAUAAAAAUAAUGAGUACCUAUCGAAAUGGGUGAAUUUAUGCUAUUUGAAUUCCAAUGGUCCGUAGACAAAUUUUAUGUUAAACUUAUAAUAUUAUUGUUUCUGUAUGCUUAAACAAUAAAGAAUAUGGUCUUUUAUUUGGCCCAAAUAGUUCCUCUUCUAACAAAAGCCACAUUAGUAAAUUAUCGUUAGCGUUGUCCGACAUUUUGUCUCGCACGAAGGUAUUGGAGUGACUGAGGCAUGGUUCUAAGUAUUGUGCAGCCGCGCUCGGAAUAGAUACUGCCACGACCGCAGGCAGCACUGCGGUCAGCCGCAGGUGCUAGCCCCAGUGUCGCCUGCGGUCCCAGUUUGCAGCCCAUUGCGGAAUUGUACCUUAAGGUGGAUGCUUCUCCAAAGGGGCAUUAACGCUGUACCCUACAUAUUUUGUAUUAAAGUUUUAUUUCGCAUAAAACUCAUAGCUUCGUACUAAUAUACUUACUGUGGUUAUGAUCUAGAAAUUCAGAUAUUUUUAAAUAUGCCCUUUUCUUUGAUUUUAUUGUUUAAAAUUUAUUCUGCCGUAUAUGCCUCCGUAGAUAUGUAAAUUAAUUGUAUCAUUUAUUGUACAAUAAAAUGCAAUAAUUAAGUUCCCACUUUAUUCUUAUUAAACUAUCACAUUUAGCACUUGAUUUAUCAGUAAAAGCUUAUUUUUUUUAUAUUGAUUUUACGAUCAGAUCAUCAUGAAAAUAUACGAAGUAUCUCAAAUAUUCAUAUGAUGAUGGAAUGAUCUCACAUUAAACAGAAUUAUAGUGACUGAAUUAUAGGGAAGGCCUGUGCCCCAGCAGUGGGGACAUUAAUAGGCUGAUGAUGAUGAUGAUAGUGAUUGAUUCAUCACAUCAUUUAACAAUAUAAACCAUCGACUGCAACCAAGAGAUAUCCGAGAUUCAAUACUUCAUAACGUGUAUGUAACGUGUUUACAUAUUGUAUUAUACUCGCAAAUUCAGUGACAGUACCAAUUUUAAUCUGUCGUAAACUUUAAUUUGUCGCCACUGGGUGCAACCGUAAGUAUUGUAAUUUAUACUGAUAAAAGUUUUGAUUUAUCUUUGAUCUUUGUCAAUGGAAUAGUAUGAAUACAAACAAAAACAACUUAAUAUGUUAAUCUUAGAUUAAUAUUUGAUCACAAAAAAAAACAUUUGAUCUAGUCAUUUCAAUAAACUAUAGAAUCCAACCAAAAGAUUACGGAAUCUUCACAGUAGUUAACGCUGCCAUAGCUUCAUAAUGAUACUUUCACUGAUGGCAGAAUGAUUGAGCUCACUUCCCUCAAAGUCAAAAUAUUUGUAAGGUAACAAUUUAUUUAACAAUAUUUCGUUUAUAAUAUCAAAGUCCCGUGAAGAGUUUUUCUGUGAUUUUAUAAGCUGUGUGCAGCACGAGUUUUGAAACAAGCUUCUUUCCUAUAUUUUGUUGCUUAUAGAAAAUUGUAGCAGUAUACUGUAUUUUCUUCAAAGUAACGAACGCUCGAAUCCAAUUUAAAAUAUGUAUCUCGUAAAUGCGUAACAUCAUGCACUUUGCUUCAUUGCACAUCAAUAUUAAGAACUCUUCGGAAUCACUAAUCGUCAUCAGAGUCGGAUUUCCUACAUUUCUCUUUCAACUUUUCAUAUUCGUUGCGCCUUAUAAGGUCCUCUUUGAGCCUCUCCAUAUCGCUGAGCAGACUGCUGACUUGUACAUCGCUAAGUUUAUCAGCGGAAACUGAUUCAUUAUCGCUGUCUAAGCCUGAAUCUUCGUCAGAUUUUUCAGCAACACUUCUAACUUCCUCGUCAACACUUCUGGCUUCUUCAUCGGAUGCGGCAUGGGUGCUGCUUUCAUCGGAGCUUUCACAGUUACUCUUGUUGAGUCUAUAGGCUUUAGGCACCCGGUCGUCUAACGGGUUUCGUCUGCGAGUGUCGUCCUUCUCUGACGACUGGGAAGAAUGACCGGCCCUGCGCUUCGACUUCUUCUUCCUCAUACUCUUCGCGAUCACGCGUUUCUGAUGGUCCAACUGCGGGAACAACUC